CUUCCCCCUUCUCCAUCCUCCACAAGUCCUUCCUCACCAAAAGAUGUCUGCCAGCACCACCGCUCUCAAGGACGGCCGUGUCCAAAACCGAGUUGAGAACUACACCAAGUUCUGGAAGAAGGACCUGCAGGCCGAGGGCGAAGAGGACAACAAUGCCCGCCUCGACAAGUACACUGAUGUCGUCAACGGUUACUAUGAUGGUGCUACCGAGUUGUACGAGUACGGCUGGGCCCAGUCCUUCCACUUCUCCCGUUUCUACAAGGGCGAAGCCUUCCACGCCUCCCUCGCUCGCCAUGAACACUACCUCGCCGCCCAAAUGAACCUCCGCCCCGGUAUGCGUGUCCUCGAUGUCGGCUGUGGUGUCGGUGGCCCUGCCCGUGAGAUUGCUCAAUUCUCGGACGCCACCAUCGUUGGCUUGAACAACAACGACUUUCAAAUUCAACGUGCUCGCCGCUACACACAACGCGCCGGUCUCUCUGACCAGGUCACCUUUGUCAAGGGUGACUUCAUGAAGCUCUCUGAGCAGUUUGGCGAAAACUCGUUUGAUGCUGUGUAUGCCAUCGAGGCGACUGUCCAUGCUCCGACAUGGGAAGGUGUGUACGGUGAAAUUUUCAAGGUCCUGAAGCCCGGAGGAGUUUUCGGCGUCUACGAGUGGUGCAUGACUGAUGCCUGGGACCCCUCGAUCCCCGAACACAAGGAACUCGCGCAUCAGAUCGAAUUGGGCAAUGGUAUCCCCGAGAUGCGACCCCUCCGUGUUGCCCGCCAGGCGCUCAAGAAUGUUGGAUUCGAGAUUGAGCACGAGGAGGAUUUGGCUGACAGGCCUGAUCCUAUCCCUUGGUAUUACCCUCUUGAGGGCGAUAUCCGGAAGGCUCAGACCUUCUGGGAUUACAUCACGGUGUGGCGGAUGAGCUGGAGUGGACAGAUUGUUACGCAUAAUGCUGUCCGGAUUAUGGAGUGGAUUGGGCUUGUCCCCAAGGGUACGCACGACGUUGGUGAAUCCCUUCGGAUUGCCGGUGAGGCUUUGGUUAAGGGUGGUCAGACCAAGCUCUUCACGCCAAUGUACCUCGUCAUCAGCCGCAAACCCAAAAACUAGAUGCACUUUGCGCCCAUUCGUUUUCGUUGCCGAAGUUACUAAUGUUACUACACGCGCAUCUUUCUUUACCGCAUAUAUCAAAGUAUACCCCAUCGUAUAAUGCAGAUAAUACACUAGGAUUUAGAGC